AUGACUCCUGAGCAUGUUGAAGAACCUUUCGUUGAUACCUUCGAUGUCAUUAUUUUGCUGGUGUCUGUAAUCUGUGGGGCACUUUAUUUUUACCGGGAAAAAUUUUGCGGAAAAACUGAAGUGCCUCCACCUCCACCUAUAACUACACCAAACCGAGGACUUGUCAAGAAGAAGAACAAAGACUUCGUGCAAAAGAUGCGGGAUCAGGAUAAAAAUGUAGUUCUCUUUUAUGGUUCACAAACGGGGACAGCAGAAGAUUAUGCUUCUCGACUAGCAAAAGAAGGUGCACAACGUUUUGGACUUCGAACGAUGACUGUAGAUGUCGAAGAUUGUGAUAUGGAAUUGCUUGAUAAAUUUCCCGAGGAUUGCAUGGCGUUCUUCAUGAUGGCUACUUAUGGUGAAGGUGAGCCAACUGAUGAUGCAGUUGAGUUUUGGGAACUACUUAAUUCAGAGUGUCCCGAAUUCUCACAGGGUGGUGCACCAGAAAGCAAACCACUAUCAAACCUGAGAUAUGUUGUAUUCGCACUGGGUAACAAAACCUACGAGCAUUUUAAUGCGGUUGGACGUUACGUUGACAAAAGAUUAGAGGAAUUGGGCGCACAUAGAGUUUAUAGAAAAGGUGAAGGUGAUGAUGAUGGCAGUUUGGAGGAAGAUUUUCUUGGUUGGAAGGAAGAUAUGUGGAAAGCUGUUUGUGAGGCAAUGAAUGUAGAUCUAAACGCUGUGCAACCUGGGACUCGUAUUCCUACUUAUUCUAUUGAGGAAUUGGAUGUAUAUGAUAAAGCUAAGGUCUUUUAUGGUGAAAUUAACGAAAAAGCAUUUACUUCUAACGGAAUGCAAAAUCCAUAUCCAUCACCUAUUCAACGGACUCGAGAACUCUUUAAUGCUACCGAUAGAAAUUGUGUUCACAUGGAAUUGGAUAUAACAGGAUCAGGAAUAACCUAUCAAUCAGGUGAUCACGUAGCCGUAUGGCCCAUGAAUUCGGAGCAAGAUGUGUAUCGAUUGCUCAAAGUUUUAGGUCUUUGGGAAAAACGGGAUAAAAUUGUCAAAGUAACAAACACAGAUUCAUCGGCCUCAAAGGAACAUCCAUUCCCUGUACCAACAACUUAUGCUACAAUUUUCCGAAAUUAUCUUGAUAUCCAUGCACCCGUAUCGCGACAGUUUAUUGCUACGUUAGCAAAUUACAUACCAAGUCAGGAAGGACGAGCAAAAUUAACCACGUUGGGUGAAGAUAAAGAAGCCUAUAAAAGACAAGUGACGGAUGCUCAUCUAACGCUUGGUGAACUUCUCGAAUCAGUCGCACAAAAUGGUAAAACAUUGGAAGAAGUUCCAUUAGACCUAAUAAUCGAAACUUUGCCAAGACUACAAUGUCGAUAUUAUUCUAUCUCUAGUACACCCAAAGUCUCACCUAAUUCGAUUCACAUAACCGCUACUGUUCUAAGUUACAAGCCAAUUGCCGCACCCACAAAAACUGUAUAUGGAUUAGCCACCAAUUAUUUGCUACAGGUACAUCGUAAACUGGAAAAUAUCAAACAUCCAGAGUCAGCACCAUACUAUCUAUAUUCGGGACCACGGGAGAAAUUCUAUGAUAAGGAAACGAAUACAAUCAAAUUGGCAUUACAUGUUCGACAUACAAACUUCAAAUUACCACGCAAUUUGGAAACACCGGUUAUUAUGGUCGGACCUGGCACCGGGGUUGCGCCAUUCAGAGGAUUUGUGCUGGAGCGAGCGAAAUUCAAAUCUGAGGGUGAAUCAGUUGGCGAUACCGUGUUAUUCUAUGGGUGUAGAAAAGAAAACGAAGAUUUCUUGUAUAAAGAUGAAUUACGACAAGUGUUUGCUCGACUUGGCGAUAGUGGUAAAUUAUUUACCGCAUUUUCGAGAGAGCAGGAACAUAAAGUGUACGUGCAACAUCGUAUCGCAGAAAAUGCAGAAUAUAUAUGGCGUCUACUUUAUGAUCGUGGUGGCUUUUUCUAUGUAUGCGGUGAUGCCAAAAAUAUGGCUCACGAUGUAAACGGCGCGCUAAUACGCAUUGCACAACAGUAUGGAAAUAUGGAUGAAACACGUGCUACCGCUUAUGUGAAAGAUUUAAGAAAUCAAGGAAAAUAUCAAGAAGAUGUUUGGAGCUAA